GGAGACCAGGUCAAAUAAGGAGAAUUCAGGGUUAAAGUCACAUAUCAGCCUGAAUUUGAUUCAACGGAAACAUUUUCAGUCACAUUUUUGGUUCAUCUCUAGAUCUUGAACAUGAAGAUGAUGGCUCUGGGAUUUUACCUGUUGGCUCUGCUGGCUUUUUCACAGGCUCAAGAGGAUAGCUCCACACCUAACGCAAUGACCACAACAUCAAGAUCAGAUACUACCAUGUCUACAACAGUCACCACAGAGGGCUCUACCACCAUGCCUACGACCAUCACUACAACUGCUGCGCCACCAAGCAACCCAACCAUCUUCCGAACCAGCCCUAAGACUACCACAACCCAGGGACGUACCACUGUGUCAGUGACUACAACCAUGCCAACAACUACUGCACCAGCCACCACUCCAACUGCAGCUCCAACCACACCCUCUCUUUCAACCGACGCUUCAACAGCUUCAGCCACCAGUACAAGUGGUGCGACUACCUCAAUGCCAACAACUACUGCACCAACCACCACUCCAACUGCAGCUCCAACCACACCCUCUCUUUCAACCGACGCUUCAACAGCUUCAGCCACCAGUACAAGUGGUGCGACUACCUCUACGCCGACGACAACACGCAAUCUCACUAUGGACAGUUCAUCUGCGAACACGACGGCCGACUCCCCCACCCCACAUUCAACCAGCUUACCAACCGAAUCAAUAACAACUGCCGACUCCCCCACCACAAAUUCAAGCAGCUUACCAACCAAGUCAACAACAACGAUGAUGACGACUCCACCAACCCAAACCAUCACCACCCCAAACAGAGGCUCCGGAGUGCAAGCUUCUCUGAUGUUUUCUGUCAUGCCAUUGGUGCUGUACACUCUCUGCCCCUGAGCAGUACCCGCUAAAAUUAACCUGAAGGACCAAACGACUUCAUCGAAUAUGCACUCCAAAGAUGAUAACAAAGGACUGAAUGAAAUCUAGGAAAAAGUCUAACCUGCCCUUGAACUUUGAGUAUAAAUUGUAGCAUUUUUUUUUUAAAUUGGCAGUAUGUGUAAACAAACUUUAGGCAUUUUUUUAAUCUGCAGGUCAAUAGAAACCUAAGGUUCAGAAUUCUUUGUGGGAGCAGGAAUCCUCUCAUACUAUUUUAGUGUUUUGUACUUAUUUAAGAAAACAAUGGAAUACAAUGAGUGUGCUCACAUUUAAUUCAGAAAUUGAUAUCAAAUUUAACACUGAAACAUUAAGGAAAUUAAAAUGGGAAACAACAUUUGAAUGCCAUGUCAAGUUGAUGACAAUGAUUUACAGAAAAGGGGAAAUUGUUCUUCUGAAAGUGCCAUUGUAUGAUGACCCCCUACCAAUGUGAAGCUGAAGUUUGGCAUACACAAUAACCAGACUGUACUCAUCAUGGUCAUAAAACUUCUUCCUAUCAUUUGGUUGUAUAUAUUUGCAAAGGUCAACAAAAAUAAAGCAUAAUUUAUGCAAAGCAAAUGAGGUUCUGUAAAGGAAGAUCAAAGAAAUAUUUUGCACUAUAACUUUAUUCAGGUAGAAGGUAGAAAUACAUAUAUGAAUACAAGUGUAUAAUUCAAAUGUCAUAGCCUUUAUUAAUCCUCUGAUCGACAGAUGGCCAGCAGAGCUUGUAGAUAAUCUCCUUUGAACUUGCUCUGUUUGAAAAGGAAGUACAAAUGUAAAAUGACUCAAUAAAAAUCAAGGUUUGUACAUUU